CUCCAAUCUGAACUCUGUGGCAACUUCCCUAUUCCUAUUCUCCAAUCAACCCUGCAAUUCUCUUUCUUCUCCGAUUUUUCAUCUCUGCAAUUUCUGCUCUGCAAACAAAUUUAAACUUUUUUUCUGUACUCUGUUUCAAUUUCACCUUCAAUUGAUUCCCCUACACCUCUAAAUUACCCCUUUUAUCCCAUCAGUUUCACGUAUUCAAACAUUCAAUCAAACUCCUUAGUAUCUGAAUCGUAGAAACCCCAAAAAAAAAAAAACCACGGUCUAAAGCUCCAAUCUUUAAUUAGGGUUUCCGCAAUUUCCUCCAAUGGAGUCGCUGAUUAUCCAAAACCAAAACCAAAACAACAACGUGCGUUCCACAAGAGAAGAACUAAUCCUCUCCGUUCUGCCAUUACUGAAACUCAUCUCCCUCACUCUGGUCGGUUUAAUCCUCGCCCACCCGAAAACCCAUCUUGUACCCAGCGCCACUUUCAAGCUUCUAAGCAAGCUCGUAUUCGCCCUAUUCUUACCCUGCAUGAUAUUCAUCCACCUCGGAGAAACCAUAACCCUCGAUAAUUUCGUCCGGUGGUGGUUCAUACCGGUCAACGUCCUUCUCAGCACCGCCAUCGGUUGCCUGCUAGGGUUCGUAGUCGCCAAAAUCUGCCGGACCCCGCCCGAGUACGUCCGGUUCACGAUCAUCAUGACUGCAUUCGGAAAUACCGGAAACCUCCCCCUCGCCAUAGUUGGUUCCAUUUGCCACAACUCGGAAAACCCGUUCGGCCCGAAUUGCCACACGACCGGUACGGCUUAUGUUUCCUUCGGCCAAUGUGUGGCGGUGCUUCUUGUUUACACCCUCGUUUACCACAUGAUGGAGCCUCCGAUGGAGUACUACGAUGUAGUCGAAGAUGGCACCGAAAUUACCGAACAAGUCCCUACGAACGACCUGAGUAGACCUCUUCUAGUCGAAGCGGAGUGGCCUGGAAUGGAAGAUAGAGAAACCGAGCAUUGCAAAACACCGUUGAUCGCUAGGGUUUUCGCUACUGCAUCUAACGUAUCCAUUCCCGAUCCAGAUUCAUUAGAAGAAGGAGGUGCGCCGGAUCACAAUAACCCGAGCAGCCCGAAAUCGAUUAGGUGUUUGGCGGAGCCAAGAAUGGUGAGGAGAAUAAGAAUCGUGGCGGAAAAAACUCCGAUUCUUCACAUUCUCCAACCGCCAAUGUUCGCUACACUAUUGGCUUUCUUUGUAGGUAUGGUUCCUCCAAUCAAAUCAAUGGUUUACGGCGACGAUGCGCCGCUCUCGUUUAUAACCGACAGCUUGGAGAUUUUGGCGGGAGCUAUGGUGCCUUCGGUUAUGCUUGUUCUUGGAGGAAUGCUCGCAGAGGGGCCGAACGAAUCGAGGCUCGGAAUGAGAACAACGAUCGGUGUGAUUGUGGCGAGGCUUUUGGUGCUGCCGUUGUUCGGAUUAGGGGUUGUUUGUUUGGCGGAUAAAUUCGGAUUCUUGAUACAGGGUGACCAGAUGUACCGGUUCGUGCUUCUCUUGCAGUACACCACGCCGAGUGCGAUUCUGUUGGGGGCGGUCGCUAGGCUGAGGGGGUACGCGGUUAGCGAGGCUUCGGCUUUGCUGUUUUGGCAGCAUAUAUUUGCUGUCUUCUCUUUGGCAUUGUAUGUUAUUAUUUACUUCAAGAUCUUGUUUGCUUAUGUUUGAGGUUGGUUUUUUGUGUCGUCGUCUUGUCUUAAGAUGUAUAUUGGGAAUUAUUUAUAGUUUAAUUAUAAAUUAUGUGACUAUUCUAAUUUAUUUGGGAAGAAAGAAUAAUCCCAAAUCAUGGGAGGUUUGUCCUACUCUGUUAUAAUGUUGUUUAAUUGCUUGAU